AUGAGCAGCUUGGAAGAGUGGCAAGAUGUUUCCGUAUCAUCAUCUUCGAGUUUUCCUUGCCUUGAGGAAUUGAAAGUCGUGUACUGCAUUAAGUUAAAAGUGAUGCCAAAGCAACUUCCGUCGCUGAAGAAGUUCUACUCUUAUUGCUGUAACCGCAAGCCAAUUCAUUCAUUUGUGGAGAACCUGCCAUCACUAACCUCUGUCGUAAUUGAGCACUGCCUGGGGACAGAUUCUUUUCCUUUGGGGUUGGGGAAAUAUGGUUCCUUGAGGAAAUUUCAUAUAGUCGGAGGACGACUUCAUCCAGAGUGUGUGAGGGGUAUAGAAUGUCUCCCCCAACUUGAAUCUCUUCAUAUUGGUGCUGCAUACGAACAGCUGAAUUUCUGUCCAUUUCCGGAUGCCAAUGUUAAAGGAGGAACUUAUUUUCCGGCGCUCUGUGAUUUACUAGUUACAGGAUGGUCCAAUCUGGAAUGUUUGCCAGAGCAAAUGCAGUACAUCAAAUCCUUGGAGACAUUGAAGAUCAGUUCUUUGCACCAGUUGGAGGCUCUGCCAGAGUGGUUGGGUAAUUUGGUUUCCCCAAGGAAGUUGAGAAUAGAGUUUUGUCGAACUCUUAAGCAUCUGCCUUCGCAGGAGCAGAUGCUACGCCUCACCCGACUUCGAAAGCUGACUAUUGAUCGCUGUGAUGAAUUAGCAAAGAGAUGUGAGAAAGGAGGAGAGGAGGCUUUUAAGAUAUCUCCCAAGGUAAGGUGCAAAGAGGAGUUGUUUGUGCAGAACACAGCUUGGAAGAAACGUCAAGAUGUCCUGGGUUCCAGUUCCAGUUUUUUUGUGAAUUCUAUAAUUUUCUUGAAGGCAUAG